GCUGUCACUGUCAAUGAUUUGGUAUUGAUAUAAAUGGUUGUGGUUUUAAGUUAAUUUUUCAAGUUGUUUUAGUGUAUUGUUAUAAAAAUAGCAAUUUUGGUAAACCAAGUAUUUAUACUUAAAAAAAACUCUAGUCGUAUAUUAGUUUAAACAGUAAGUUCAAUCCUUUAUGACUACUUAAAGGUAAAUACAAUACAAUAAUGGCGGAGGAUCUAAGAAAUUACAAACUGCAAUUACAACAGGUGGAAGCGGCCCUAUUGACUGAUCCCGAAAAUGAAGAACUUCUUAAAUUGAAGACGGAUCUAGAGGAAGUAAUUGAGUUGACUCAAGAUCUUAUAAAAACUCAAGAGGGUGACAUCAAAGUUGAUAUUCAUAGUUCUAGUAAUAAUGAUAAUGUUGCAGCCUCCCCGCGGAGCGAUGACGACGGAGGUAACUUCAAUAGUGCUGCUAGCAAGUGGCAUGUUGGCGAUAGGUGCCUUGCUAAAUGGAGGGCUGACGGCAUGUUCUAUGAAGCUUCUGUUGAGGAAAUUAAUAUUGAUACCUUGAAGGUAAAGUUUGAUGGAUAUACAACAUUAGAAGUUGUGUCCAUAAAUGAUAUAAAACCUACAGCUACUGGCUUCAAAAGAUCCCAUAGUGGUGAUGAAAGCAAACACGGAAAGGGUUACAACAGAGAGUAUCUCAAGAAGAAAAAACAGAAGAAGCAGCAAAGAUUUAAACAAAUUGAGGAAGAAAGAGAAACUGACAAAAACAAGUGGCUCUCAUUCCAUUCAAAAGCAUCCAAGAAGCCCGGUGUGCGGAAUAAAAGUAUAUUUGCCUCACCCGACAAUCUGUCUGGCAGAGUUGGUAUAGGAACAUGUGGAAUAUCGGGGAAGCCAAUGACGGAGUACACCCCUGGAGAAAAGUGGAAGAAAGGAGGAUAAUUCAACUUUAACAUUAGUCUAAUUUUACUUUAAGUUAGAUAUUACUGAAUAUAAUUAAAAUUAUAUUUUUGCAAUUAUAUUGACACAAACUUAAAUAUGUCUUUUUGGUUUCGAUCUGUAACUUUUUUAAAAAUUCAUGUAAAUAUUAAUCUCUUUUUUCAUUAGACUCUAUCACCAAUUUUUUUGAAUAAAUGUAUAUUUUCAAUGUAACCUUUUUUUUUAAAUUCGUGCGACUGCAGGAGCUAGGAAUAAUCCAUAAGUCAAUGCAAAAUUAUAAAAGCAGGUUCUAAAAUCAACUGUUCUGAAAUGUAUUUUAGUAAAUAGAUUUAGCAUAAACUCUUUGUUGCUUUUAAUCUAAACUGUUAACAAGUGUUUUUUUUAAUCACUUAAACUUUGAUAUAGUUUUUAUAGCCUAAGCCAGUGAUUCUCAAACUUUUUUUUGUUGCGGAACAUAUUUAACAACUUCAAAAUUUGGUGGCAC